AUGCCACGUACUGAACGAGCAAAGAGAGAUGCGGAUAAAAAGAAUAAGAAAACCGCUAAUGCGACUGGUCAAACCAAAAUCGCAUCAUUUUUUAAGUCUCAAGAAAUUAGCGGUCAAACAUCAACGCACGAUGAUGAAACAGCCGAGAGAGAAGUUUCCGUUCCAACGGUUAGCGGUGAUGCUUGUGACUCGGGUCCCGAAAGAUCAACGGUGAUUGCUGAUCCAUGGAUCAAAAUUAUGAGCGAGUUCAACGAUGGCGAAAAGCUUCGAAGCAAAACGAAAGGAAGAUUUUUCCAGUCCGAAUGGCUCAGAAAAUACGAAUGGCUUUCAUAUCACCGUGAGAAGCAAGCAGCAUUCUGUGAAACGUGCACAGAAUACCGGCAGGCGCACGAUAAUUCGCCAUUCAUCUUCACUGAAUCUGCCGUUGGUUUCUGUAAUUGGAAGAAAGGUGUAGAACGACUAACAGAUCACGAACAAAGCGAGAAUCACAAGAAUGCCACGAAACAGAAAAGAAGUAGCCAACCUACACUUGAUAUUCAGAUAGAUAGCCAAAUAAAGGAGCAACAACGUCUGAGGCGACAAGGCCUUGUAGCCCACUUGAACACAUUGAAAACGCUUCUUAGACAAGGUGUAGCAAUUCGAGGUCAUACAGACGAAGACUCGAAUAUCAUUCAAUUUAACAAAGACAAAGCCAUCGACCAUGAAGGAUUAAAUCUUCUUUUAAAGGAAAAUCAGUACAUGUCUCACGAUAUUUUAGUUGAACAGGAAGAAACUUUGGUGCUGAGGGCGAGAAGAAGUCUAAUAGAUGACAUUAAUGCCAGUAAAUUUUAUGCGAUCAUUUGCGAUGAAUCAAGUGACAUUUCGAAAAAUGAACAGUCUUUUUCUGUUCGUCAUUGCACUGAAGACUACGACGUUUUGGAGGAUUUCAUUGGCGUAAUGCCAUGCGACGAGGGAUUAUCAUCCGAAGCCCUUUUAAAGUAUCUUCAAGAUGUAUUGGUCCGAUGUAAUAUGAACACUCAAAAAAUGGCUGGUAUGGCAUUUGAUGGAGCUUCUGCAAUGAAAAGGUUAGCAGUUCUUUUAAAAGAUGAAGUUUGCAAACAUGCGCUUUACAUUCACUGGUUUGCUCACUGCAACGAGCUAGUCUUCAAAGAUGUAACCUCACUUUCAAGAAUGGUUGCUGACGCCCAAGAUUUCUGCGAAAACAUGUAUGCCCUUGUUGGUGUUAGCCCGAAGAGAGUUUUACUUUUUCAAAAUAUCCAGAAGGAAGUGUCGGAGGAGAAUACGGAUGAUGGACGUAGCAACUUGAAGCUGAAAAAUCUUUCAAGAACUAGAUGGACUACAAGAGGAGCUGCAGCGGAUGUCAUCCUUAAGAAGAACCAUGAGCUCCAAGAAACCUUGGAGACCUUGUCUGCAGAUUCGAGUGUUACUCCAGAAUGUCGAGAAAAAUCGAAAGGGUUGCUGCAAAAGCUCAAGUCUCUUCCCAAUACUUUUAAUCUCCUUGCGAUGAACGAGCUUGCAUUCCUUCUGGAGAAUAACUCUAAACAGCUUCAAAGGGCAGACCUGACGGCAGAACAAGUAUCGACAAGCAUUACAUCCGCCUAG